CAUGGCCUAAGUCAAAGCCAGCUCUGUUUAUAGUAAUUUCUCAUGAAGUUCCGGAUAAAGUCUACAUUACUUGAAAGGAAUGUUUUGUUGUCUUUCUCAUUUUGAAGAGUAACUAAAAUGACUGGGGCUCUGUGCCACAUGGUACAGUAUUUAUUCCCCAGGAAAACUGAAAGUUCUAAAUAAAUAGUUAAAGGUUCCUAGAAACUCUAAACUUAAAAGUACAGUAAUUUACAAAUUAUUCUUAAUAUUUCUAAUUAAAUGUAUUCAAAUAACUGUCUGUAGUCUGGCUAGGACAGAAUAUUUAAAUCCAUUGUUUUUACUAAUCAUAUCUAGAAAUCCUAUCCUCCUCCUCCCAUUUAAGCCAUGCUUUUGAAACAACACAAAAAAAAAAAAGCUGGACUAAUUAGGUUUGAAUGAUGACCUUAUUUGUAACAAACUGUUUUUUGUAUGUGUGUGUAUAUUUGCGAUAGCCCACCAUCCCCACUCAGAAAGAAAACUACCAUUCCCAUCAGGCUCAGCUGACCUGGUUUCAGUGUAGAUUGGGGCACUGUUAUCAUGUCACCACUUGUUCUGAUCUCAGAUCAUUGGGAUCCAGUGGACAUCCUGCCACUGCUCAUGUCUCAGGCCUGGUGAUCGCUCUGUCAUACAAAUCCAAGAUUUGCUAAACCAAGCUGAAAAUUUCUCGGAUUCUCCACCUCUUGUGUUCUUGAAUCUUUCUGGUCCAUGAAGAAUGCCUCCUAUCUUCUCCCUCUUCCUCCCUCUGUUUGGCACAAAAGGAAGUGGGAACCAGUUGGCACUUGAGUUUCCAUACUGUACUGAUUGUGGCAAAAUGGCAGCUUUUGCUUCCUCCUUCCUCCUUGCUGUGAUUCCCUCACCCUCUCCUGAGAGAAGUAACCCAGAUUUCAAAAUGAAUCGCCGCCUAUUCCCCUCAAUCUUUCUCUUCUCUCCAUCGCUCUCUCUUUCUCUAUUUUUUCCACCCUCUCUUUCUCUCUUAUUCUCUCUCUAUCUCUCAUCCUCUUCCUCGUAAUACAGAAUCAAUCUUGGAAAGAGAAUACCACCUCUCUAUCCCGUACUCCUACUCACCCUGCCUCUGGGUUAACGGAUAUAUACCACUUCAAACCUCAUUGCUUGCUUUUUGAAAACUUGUACCAGUCAAAUUGCCUGUUGCGUUCAUUUGAAGUGAUGUCCUUUUUUGUUUCUUGAGCUGCUUUUUCUCUCCUAGCUGCUGAGUUUUCUGGCUUGUCUACCUAUUUUUUUUGUUUUGUUUUUUUUUGUUUGUUUUUCUUAUUUAAGUUGACCAGCUUUUGGUGCACACCAGAUUUUCAAUCGAACACAUUCAGACGAAGAGUGACGGAGAGGACGACGGAAUUGUCUUGGAUGAGAAUUUUCUUCAAAAUUACCAAAAACUACGCUCUCAGCCUCCUCUUGCUACAUCCCACAGACAUCAUGUCCACCCCAGUGUCCCCUUCCCCCUCCCUCUCCCCCCUGACGCUGACUUCCCCCACAUCACCAUCCUCCCCACUGCCCUCGCCCCUCUCCCCUCCGCCCAGGGUGCCCGUGUUUCAAAGGAAGGGAGCGCUCAAACACAAGAGGAUUGUCGAGGUGAAAGACCAUCAGUUCACAGCACGCUUCUUCAAGCAGCCCACCUUCUGCAGCCACUGCACCGACUUUAUAUGGGGCAUUGGUAAGCAGGGAUUCCAGUGUCAAGUUUGCAGUUUCGUGGUCCAUAAAAGAUGCCACGAGUUUGUCACCUUCACAUGUCCCGGAUCUGUGACUGCCCCCAGGCCCGAUGACCUGAAGAGUCAACACACUUUUAAGAUCCACACGUACUCUAGCCCCACAUUCUGUGACCACUGUGGAUCACUGCUGUACGGACUCAUUCACCAGGGCAUGAAAUGUACCGGUUGCGACAUGAACGUCCAUCGGAGAUGUGAGACCAGCGUUCCCAGUCUGUGCGGUCAGGAUCACACAGAGAAAAGAGGUAGAAUCCACCUGACCAUCAGAGGAGACAAGGAAGAUAUCUACGUCACAGUUCGGGAGGCUCGCAAUCUGAUGCCCAUGGAUCCAAACGGUUUAUCAGACCCAUAUGUAAAACUAAAAUUGAUUCCAGACCCAAAGAGUCACAGCAAACAGAAGACUAAGACCAUCCGAUCAACACUCAAUCCCGUCUGGAAUGAGAGUUUCACCUUCUCAGUGCGGGGCAACCAGUGGGACAGGCGUCUGUCUGUUGAGGUGUGGGACUGGGACCGGACGUCCAGGAACGAUUUCAUGGGAGCUCUCUCAUUCGGAGUCAGCGAGAUCUUCAGACGUCCUAUUUGCGGUUGGUUCAAGCUGCUUGCACAGGAUGAGGGCGAGUACUACAACAUCCCAGUGCCCGAUCCAGAUCUGCAGGAACCUCAGCCAGAUGUUACAACACCCUCUCUGCCUCAGGUGUUGGCUGCCCCGGUGCCUGAGCCUUUUCCAGUAGUCCUGUCUCCAACCCCUGUCCCAUCCUGCCCGCCCAUGCACUCUCCGGGUCCCGGCAAAGUCAGAGUGGCAAUCCAUGAUUUCAACUUCCUCAUGGUGCUGGGCAAAGGCAGCUUUGGCAAGGUGCUGCUGGCAGAAGAGCGAGGCAGCGAGCGUCUGUUUGCAGUGAAGGUCCUUAAAAAAGACGUUCUCUUCCAGGAUGAGGACACGGAGAGUGCUCUGGUGGAGAGGAGGGUUCUAGCGCUCCCCUCUCGUCCUCACUUCCUCACCUCGCUCUAUUGUGCCUUUCAGACUGAGGACCGUCUAUAUUAUGUUAUGGAAUAUGUCAACGGUGGAGAUCUGAUGUUUCACAUUCAGCAAGUCGGGAAGUUCAAAGAGCCCCAUGCAGCGUUUUAUGCAGCAGAGGUUGCCGUUGGCCUCUUCUUCCUCCACGGCAAAGGCAUAAUCUACAGAGAUCUGAAGCUGGAUAAUGUGCUGCUCGACAGCGACGGUCACAUAAAGAUCGCGGACUUCGGGAUGUGCAGGGAGGGCAUGUUUGGGGGCGACACCACUCGCACGUUCUGCGGCACUCCUGACUACAUCGCCCCUGAGAUUGUGGCGUAUCAGCCCUAUAAUAAAGCAGUGGACUGGUGGUCUUAUGGAGUACUGUUGUAUGAAAUGCUGGCAGGUCAGCCGCCGUUUGAUGGCAUCGAUGAGGAGGAACUGUUUCAGUCCAUAAUGGAACAGAGUGUCUCCUACCCCAAAAGUCUCUCUCGGGAAGCUGUUGCCGUCUGCAAAGGACUCCUGACAAAGCACCCCGCCAAGCGUCUGGGUGGAGGAGAGGAUGCUGAAAGGGAUAUUAAGGAACAUCCUUUCUUCCAUUGGAUAGACUGGGACCGUCUUGAGAGACUGGAGAUACAGCCACCGUUCCAACCUAGAACUGGCGGGAGAAAAGGCGAGAACUUUGACAAGUUCUUCACAGCGGCCCCAUCCGUCCUCACUCCAUCGGAUCCAGAUGUGCUGGCAGCCAUCAACCAGGAUGACUUCCAGGGAUUCUCUUUCCUCAACCCAGACUUUGCUCCCUCGCCUCUCACAGCUAUUUGAAAACUGUCCCCUCCAAGUCCCCCCUGUUAUUUAUCAUAUAGUAGUUUUAUAGUUGAGAUUCAGAGCAUGAGAACUAGCGACAAAUAUUUCACCUCUUGUAACCAAAUUCUGACAUUUACAUUAAAAUGCCUGGACCCUUUGGUUUUCCCUCACUCUUUAUCACGUGUAUGUUCUGUUACUGCAUCUGUAUUAACCAAGCCAGUAUUACUAUUUGCCACACUAGAGUUCUUUUUUAUAGGAUCUGUCCUGUUGUAAGAUUAUUGUAGUGUCAGAAAGAUAAAUGAAUCUCUUUGCAUGCAGCUAAUGUUUAUAGAGCUAAACGGAAGAUAAAAGUCGACAGUUGUCUGAACAGGCAAUUUACCAGUGACAUCUCUAUUCUUACAGCUAUACAGAUAAUAUAAUAUGCAAAACAAAUCUUCUUUAAAUUAUUAGCCAUAAAUGAUGUUUCUUUAAAGGUCUACUCUGCUUAAAUGUGUUUCUAUCAUAGAUGACCUCUUCAGCACCUAAAUGUGUGUUUUUAAAUCUAAAUCUAAAUGACUUGAUGACUAUGAAGCAAUCUGAAUGGUCGGUUUAUUUCUCUUUUACAUUUUUUAUUACACAAGAAUGUGAAAAGACUCAUUCAGACUCUUUUGGCCUGCCUCAACCUCUCAGUUUAAUGUCAUAAGAGUGAGUGACCUCAGCUGAUUCAUGAAGGUGCAUAAAUGAGGCAGUGGGCACAAUGUGACAGUGACUGCAGGCAACGUUUCUGCCCUAAAACUGCUGGGCUUUGAGUUGCAUUACUUGAUAUUCGCACAUCAUGUCUUCUCUAACACAGCCCAUUGCAAAAAUAUUCAUACUCCGUAAACCUUUUUUUUUCUACAUUUUUAUCCAUUACAACCACACACUUUAUAAAUUUAAUCAGGAUUUAAUGUGAGAGACCAACACAACACAGUGAAUAAUUAUGAAUUUGAAGAAAAAUGAUACAUGGCUUUCAAAACAGUUUGGGAUGUGGAUGUAUUAACCCUUCUCGUCUCAUUACUUUGUAGACCCACCUUUUGCUGCAAACUUUUUGGGGAAUGUCCUUACCCGCUGUGUUCAUCUAGAGACUGAGGUUUUGGGCCAUUCUUCUUCCAUAACUACACAAGCACAAUUGUACUGGACAUGAACAUAAAUUUUCAAAGUUUCCCAUUGAUCUGGACUUUGAUUGAGCCACUCCAACACAAUAAUGUUCUUCAAGCUAAGCUAUUGUAGCUCUGGUUAUAUGUUUAGGGACAUUGCCACAUGUUUUGCGGCCUCUAACAAGUUUUCUUCCAGGACUCUCCUGUAUUUAGAUCCAUUUAUCUUCCAAUCAACCCUCACUACCUCCUGCUGAACAAACGCAUCCCCACAGCAUGAUGCUAUCACAACCAUGUUUCACUGUAGGGAUGAUGCGUUUAGAUGCAUGUGUGGUGUUAGUUUUCCACCACAUGUAGGCCAAAGAGAUCAAGUUUGGUGUUGUCUGACCAGAGUUACUUCUUAAAUAUAAAUGCAAUUCUCCAACUUGGCUUCAGGCUAGGGUUGAACAAAACAUUCAAUAAUGUCUUUCUUCUUGCCGCUGUUUCAUAAAGGCCAGGUUUCAGGAUUGCACCAGAAAUAACUCAGGAGGAUGUCUGCAAGACUUUCAGAGUUAGGCUGGGGGUCUUUUGGCUGAUUUUCUGAAUAAUGUUUUCCUUGUCUGGCCAGUUUGUUUAUGUUCCUGUUGUGUUCCUUGGUCUUCAUUGUGCUCUUUAUUCACUCAAAGAAAUGUUUCAGGUCUUCAUAAGAGAGCUCUUUUAUAGUGAGGUUAAACUAAACACAGGGGGACUGUAUUUAUUAAUUAAAUGGCCUCUGAAGGCAGUUGUUUGCACUGGUUUUUAUUGAGGGGCAUCAGAGUGGACAGGGUAAGUCAAAUGCAUGCAGAAAAAAAAUAAUCUAAAAAGCCAUUUAUCCUUUUUCUUUCACUUUGCAAUUAUGCUGUUUUUUGUGUUGGUCAAUCACAUAAAACACAUUGCGGUUUUCAUGUAAUGGGACAAAUUGUUAAAAAGCUUAAGGGGUAUUAAUAUUUACGAAAAGACACAAUUUGAACUUUAAAUGUUUUACUGCAGAUUAAGAAAACAUAAUACUUCAUGUUCCAAACAAGCUUGUUAGCUUGUUACAGCACCGAAACGUGUGUUUUCCUCUGUAUAUACAGGAAAGCUUUUUGCUGUGUAAUAACAUACAGCACACAGUAUUGAUUGGGAGUAAUUAGAAGGGAGACUCAAUGGGACAGUUCAAUACAUGGAAAAAAUAAUACAAGCAGUGCAUUUAUUUCAACCUGCCUGAUCAGGGCAGGUGGCUGCAACAUCUCCAAUAUAGUCCCAAAAAUGGGUUUUAUUUCUUUAAUAGAACUUAUGGGUUGAUGAUCGCUUUCUGUCCCACCUAACAGUAUUUCAAUACAAUAGAGACUAAAAAAAUAUGUAAUUAUCAGAAAUCUAUUAUAGUUAAUUUGUCUAUUUGUCAGUCGAGAUAACUUUUUUUGUUUUCAUGUGCUGGGACAAUAACUUGAAAAUAAACCAACUGAGAAAGUCACA